CUUCGAGGAGAGAGGACGUGUUGCUGCCGCGCUCAGAACCAGUCUCCACGCGCUGACUGGUCCUUUUAUAAGGGCUAAGUAGAGUGCAUCACCCACACGCUAACUCGACCUUUACGACUAUACUCGUAUAUAGCACGUGAUUGCGUCUUCAAGUGUGACGUCUCGGAUUUUAAUUUACGAACAACCAACGGAAACUGCAGUGAUUUUUUUACUUUGAUAAUCAUGUGUUUGUGACAAGAAUUUUUGUGAGUGCAUGGACAGCAAACAUUAGUUCCUGGCAUUAACGAGAUUGUUGCUUAAAAUAUAUAUUAUCAUGAACAUGGAGUGAAACGAUUUCCUCGUAGAUUAGAUUCAAAGAUCUUGCAGAGAUGUGCAUCCUAGACCUAUUCCGCUUGCAGAUGGAGGUGCGGGUGAAGAAGAAGAAGAAGGAAGGCUUCAACCUCCGCCGCAACAAGAUCCUCUCCAUCCGGCGCUCCAAGAUCUCCAACAAGUUCUCGUCCAUCGGGAAGCUGCGCCACAGGAAGCGGUGCCACAAGUGCAAGCCCCGCAGCCACAGGUCCUCCUCCACGUGCAUGGACCCCGCGUGCGGCCUCGACGGCGACUGGGACGACAAGCUGUCCCCCUACAGCAGCGUCAAGACGCAGUCCACCCAGUGCACAGACGACUGCAAGGGUGCGUGCACGUGCAAGUGCGACGACGUCAAGUGCUGCGACAAGGACUCCAAGGAGGAGGUGAAGGUGGUGAGCUUCAUCGAGAUCGAGUCCGACGGGAAGGCGAUGGGCAACGACAACCACGCCUUCGAGGGCGACGGCGGCCGCUGCGACGGCACCAUCAACAGGUGCAGCUUCCUCAACAAGUACCGCAAGAGGCUCAUCGAGAUCCAGAAGGAGGAGGAGGAAAGAGUCGCCAAGGGCAAGCUCCUGAAGACCUCCCAGGGGCUGACGAAGAGCACCAGCACCACGGGGCUGCCCGAGCACGCCGUCGCCAACGCCGCCGCGACGCAGAUGCCAGACACAGACAGAUACGGCCGCCUGAACGUCCUACGCUGGCUGCUCCUCGACGCCGGGAUGCCAGGCAUAGACCGCACUCAAGGAGGAGCUCUCGCCCUCCACUACGCCGCCGCCAGGGGAUGCCUCGAGUGCGUCAAGCUCCUGGUGGAGACGUCGCCCGAUUUCAGUGCCAACUCCCAGAUGGACAACAGCGUGACCCCCGUGUACCUGGCAGCUCAGGAGGGCCACCUGGACGUCCUGCAGUACCUGGUGGAGAGUGCCGGCGGCCGCCUCGACCUCAGGGCCAAGGACGGCAUGGCACCCUUGCACGCGGCGGCGCAGAUGGGCUGUCUCAACUGUCUCAAGUGGAUGAUAACCGAACAAGGCGUGGACAUCAACCUGCGUGACGGAGACGGCGCGACGCCCCUGCACUUCGCCGCCUCCCGAGGACACGUGGAAACCGUCCGCUGGCUCCUGAAGAAGGGGGCAUCCGUGUCCCUCGACAAGUUCGGCAAGAGCCCCAUCAACGACGCCGCGGAUAACGACCACAUGGAGGUCCUCCAGCUCCUCGUCCAGCACGGCACGGCGCCGGACUACGCCACGGACUCUGACUCUACGGACUCGGGCUCGCACCAUCACCACUGCACGUGCCACCAGAGCAGCCGCUCCAAGAGAAAGGGUUCCGAGUGCUCGUUAACCGGAUCGGAUUCCUGUACAUCUUCGUGCGAAAGUGACUGUCACAGCUCUGGCAACAGUUCAGACUCUGGCGUACAUCACGAACCAUUUUAUUUGCAUCCACCGACUGCAACGGAGACUGAAAACAAACAAAAGAACCAAAAGAACUCCUUCUUCCUCAAUCCGCUUACAGAUCUAAAAGAGGCUUCUGAUAAAUACAACAAAGAUAAAAUAGAGAAGGCAAAGUCAGGCGACAGCAGUGAUGACCAGUCAAAAGAGCCCUUCUAUCUCCAUAAACCAGAGGCUGGCACUUACCAGCCUAACCGUGUACAAGAGCUCUUUGGUACCAAGAGCGUGAGAAACAGCGUGAAGCAGAUCGAAAGUAAGAACCCAUCGGGAAAGAAAACCAAAUCCACAGAAAACGGAUCCCCUGGAGAACGCAGAGAAAAUGGUCACUCCAGCGGGUCCGUCAAAGAAAAUGGGAAUUUCAGCAGAAACUCUAUUAGACGAAGCGAGAAGAAGAAUGGACCGUUUGAGUAUUCGAAUGUAAACUCCGAUAAGAAGAAAGGAAAGGUCAACUAUGAAGACAGAAAAUUGCCCAAGAUACCAUCUUCAACAUCCCAAGCUGUCACAUCCUCAUUUAAAGUGAAGGCCGACGUGCACAGCGGCGACGACUCGGCCUCCGUCAGCAGCGGCGACCACGACCACCACUACGAGGACAUCGAUCCGGCCCUCAUGGCGAGUCGGGCGGCCGCGCGGGAGUCGGCGGGGCGCGCGCGAGACGCCGCCUCGGCCUCGUCUCCUUCCCGUCGCUCCUCCUCCUCCCGCUCGAGCCCGAGGGAGGGAUCUUCCAAGGAGGAACACGAGGAAGAAGGCAGCGGGGAGGCCGCACGACGCAAGCAGAGGCUCCAGGGCCUCGACGACCUCAUCGCUGGAGUCCCCCCACCAGACUACGACGUGCGAGGGGCGCCACUGCACGACGCAUCAGCACGACCUGACGUCCGUACCAGUGGACAUACGGCCAGCAUACCCCCGCCACCUGAGUUCGACGACGGCGGCAGCGGCACCGCAGCGACCGCAGCCCGAGCAUCAUCGGGUCGCCGGCAGCUGCAGUCUACGCUGUCGAUGCCGCCGUCCGCGCCCCACCCCCCGGCGGCCUCGAAGGACCGCGCGCCCGUCACGCGCACGCACUCCGAGCCUCCGCCACCCCCUCCCCCGCCCAUGCCCUCCACCCCUUCGCCCAAGGCCUCGCCUUCGGCCUCGCACAAGACAACAGGAUCCUUCGGCAGGAGGGACAGCCCCUCGCACUCCAGCGCCUCCUCCCCCUCCCAGUCGCCCCCGUCCUCCAAGCCCUCGUCGCCCAGGGCCGCCCACGACGCCCUGCGCGCCUCCGCCCACGACGGAGAAGGGCCCAGCGAAGAGGGCGUGGUGAGGCCCUCCGAGUUCAUCAGGAGGAACUCGCAGAGGAGCGAGAACGGAUCCUUCAGAGGAGGUCACAGGAAGCUCGAUAGGCCUACGUCCCUGCCCUUGGACGUGGCCGAGCACUACGGCAGGAUCUUAUCCUCUGGGAGGGACAGGGACGCCCUUUCGGGCACGCAGGAGGACCCAGGACUGUCGACGCAGCCCAACAAGUCCCCGGUCAUGAACGGGAAGUCGCUGCCCUUCAUUCCGCCGCGGUUCCCUUCGCAGCCCUCGGGCUCAGGGCUCAUCAAGCCCUCGGAGUACCUGCGUUCCCUCGGGGACACGGGCGGCAGCGGAAGCUCCAACGGGAAUGGCAUUUAUGGCACCAACGGCCACAGCAACACCAUGCCGCACAGCCACAGCAACAGCAUCAGCCACAGCAGCAGCGGCAGCCUCAGCAGUGGCAGCGUCCGAUCUCAGCACUCCUUCGUCGAAUCCAGUGCCGCGCUACAGCAGGCGGAAGCCACAAUGUCGUCGUCAUCGUCGUCAUCAUCGCCGGCAUCGUCACCGUCAUCGUCGUCGACGUCGUCGUCUCAUGAUACCAUAGAUAACCACAGUAGCGCCACGGUAUCGCCCCCCGCGUCCAUGCCCCCCGGCCCCCUCCCCGCCAUCCCAGAGGCCACAGAAGAGGAAGCUCCCAGGCCCGUCUCCGUGGCCCCCCCUCCUCCCCCUGCUCCCCCGGCGCCGCCCGCCAACACAAUGCCCCUCAGGAGCAACUCCAACGCCGGCAGCAACAGCAACAACAACAGCAAUAGCAACGGCAGCAACAGUAAGACCAUGCUCCCGACCAUCAGCGUGACGGACCUCCAGAGCGUGCAGCUGAGGAAGACGGAGACGAAGGUAUCGAGAGCAAACAACGUGCCCCUGAAGAUGCCCAUGUCUCCCGAGCCGACCUUCACCUCUGCCAAGGAUGACGUCAUAGCCGAGCUGAAGAUGGGCGUCGACAUCUCGGGAAUCAAGAAGAUGAAGUCGGAGCGAGCCAGGGAGGAGGAGAGGAACGGAGUCAUGGAGAAGGAGGAGCUCAAGCGGCAGUUCUCUGCUGUGAAUUUCGUUGAUCAGGUCCCCGACGUGGACAACGCCGGCAACCGCAUCCCCGAGUGGAAGAGGCAGAUGCUGGCCCGAAAGGCAGCCGAGCGAGCCAAGAAGGAGGCGGAGGAACAGCGCAUUCAGGAGGCCGAGGAGAAGCGGCUGCAGGCCAUCCCGCUGUGGAAGAGGCAGCUGCUCAUGAGGCGCGAGGAUGAAAGCAAGCGAGGCAACCUGUACACCCCAAAAGUCGAGGAUGUGAAGAAGAUUCGAGUGGCCACCUCGUCGCUAGACCUCUCCCGCCUGACCAAGAAGGACACGGAGAGGGAGGACACUCAAUCCCAAUACUCUCCACGCAGCAGUAGCGGAGACUCGUUCGACUCUCCGCGGAGCAACGGAGAGUCAGCAGACGCGUCCAACACCAUAACUUUAGUCACCCCAGCCGUAGUCACCAAGAUAAUUAGUCCGUGUCAUGUAGAAGACGAUGACGAGCCGCAGAUUCCUUGGCGGACAAACCUAAGGAAAACCAAUAGUAAAUUGAGCUUGCUAGAUUAGUCUAGAUGUUGCUCGUGUAAACUUAGUGUUCUUUUUUGCAUCUUGAAUUUAAGAAGUAUUGCCAUUACACUCUUUCUAUUAACCAUAAUUUGCAAUGUGUAGGAUCGUAACACAUUCGGAAAUGGUAUUUCAU